UCGGGUUACUUGCUACUAAAGAAUCUUAUAUUCAUUGUAGACAUGUAAAUAACAUUAAAGCAUAAAGGUCAUGCAAAUUUCUUCUUCAUAACUCUAAUGUUUGGCAGAUUUAGAAUCAAGAAGCCAGAAUUUCCACACAUUAAGACAAUUCAAUGAUGGGAAUCUAUGAAUGACGCUUUAAUUAUUAAUAUAAUUGAUGUUAAGAAUUAUAUGUGACAGAUGAGGAUGAUUUUUUUUCGCCUAACCAACGUAAAGACGCGCCCUGAAAGAAAGCAUCCCGGUUCCUCCCAGCGACACGCCCUCCCUCAAUACGAACGGGAAAAAUGGCGACAAGUAUGCUGCGGCUACUGCGAUUCUCCCCCAAAAACAUGGGAAUAAUGAGCCGUAAUACCGGCUCGAAAUCAUCAAACAUAUCCAGGACGAUACAGGGCCGGACUGCAGUAUCAACGCCAUCUGGGGCAAUUUUACCGAAGCCGGAUAAAACACCCUUUGGCCUGAUCCGCAUGACAGUGGUUGUGGUGCCUUUCCUGUAUGUGGGAACUCUGAUAAGUAAGAACUUUGCCGCUCUCUUGGAAGAGCAUGACAUCUUUGUCCCUGAGGAUGACGAUGAUGAUGACUGAGCUACCUUCAGAAAAUAAAUAUCAAAGGGUGCUUUGCAAUAUGGACUGAAAGCAUACCAGCAAGCAACAGGAAGACGGGGAAGAUGGGGCAGCUUCCAAAUAUAUCAAAAACCCAGCUUCUUCCAUUCUCCUCAGCUGUUUAUGUUUACACCAAAUUCAUUUGUGAUGAAAUACUAUUAUCAUGUGAGGCUUUCUAAACUUCUAGUUAUGCCAUCACUCUUGUUUGCAUGUUUGUGUCUGUCAACUUAAUAAAGAGUCGAUAACACA